GGGAAGUGACGGAAAAGCUUCUCUCACUAACAUGAUUCUGAAACCAAGGGUACACAUAUGUCGUGAUGAAGUGAAUGAGUAUCUUUACAGGCAAAUUGUGGGAAUAAGGAAUCCAAUAGAAUUUUGUUGUCCGAAAAGAAUUAAAGGUAAGAAGUGUAUUGAUUAUGAACCAAAGCCGAACAAAAGGAUAAGGAACAGACACCAGCACCUUGUAUAUAAACGAAAGCCAGUUUAUCUGUCUCCUAGUGAGGCAAGAGCUUGUCUGUCCAGUAAACCUGAAGGAAAUAUGGCUCCAAUCCAUACAGGUUUACAGUGUAAAAUUGUUGCAAAAGCUAAGAAAAAUGUGCCAUGGGCCAAAAAGAUUGGAAAUCAGAAUAUAUCUGGUUCAAUGGAUACUAGAAUUGGACAUUUUACAAAGACAAUGACUAAAUUACACGAAAGGCUGAUUUGUAAGCGCACCGAUCCUUCUGAAAAGAUGGAUAAGGAACAAGAGCCAGCUCCAGGAAAGAAUGGCAGGAAGAGAAGAAAGGUUGUGACUCCUGAAGAAAGCUUAGGAACAGGUGAACAGGGCGAAGAAAUAGAACAAGCUGAUGGACACAACAAGACAGAAGUAGUAGAUGAAGAACAGGUGUACAUUGAUGAAGAUUGGACUGAAGAAUGUCAGGAAGAUGACGAUGAGUUUGUAGAACAGAAGGAAGAUGAACAUUUGGUGGUAAAAGAACAAAUUGUAGUAAACAGGGAAGUACUAGAGAAUGUUGAAAAGGAAGAAGUAGAUCAGAUUGUGGUAAAUAAAGGGGUAGUAGAACAGAAUGUUGAAAAUGAAGAAGUAGAUCAGAUUGUGGUAAAUACGGAGGUAGAAGAGCAGAAUGUUGAAAAGGAAGAAGUAGAUCAGAUUGUGGUAAAUAUAGAGGUAGUAGAACAGAAUGUUGAAAAGGAAGAAGUAGAUCAGAUUGUGGUAAAUAUAGAGGUACUAGGGCAGAAUGUUGUCAAGGAAGAAGUAGAUCAGAUUGUGGUAAAUAAAGAGGUACUAGAACAGAAUGUUGCCAAGGAAGAAGUAGAUCAGAUUGUGGUAAAUAAGGAGGUACUAGAGCAGAAUGUUGUCAAGGAAGAAGUAGAUCAGAUUGUGGUAAAUACGGAGGUACUAGAACAGAAUGUUGCCAAGGAAGAAGUAGAUCAGAUUGUGGUAAAUAAAGAGGUACUAGAACAGAAUGUUGCCAAGGAAGAAGUAGAUCAGAUUGUGGUAAAUACGGAGGUACUAGAACAGAAUGUUGCCAAGGAAGAAGUAGAUCAGAUUGUGGUAAAUAAAGAGGUACUAGAACAGAAUGUUGUCAAGGAAGAAGUAGAUCAGAUUGUGGUAAAUAAAGAGGUACUAGAACAGAAUGUUGCCAAGGAAGAAGUAGAUCAGAUUGUGGUAAAUAAGGAGGUACUAGAGCAGAAUGUUGUCAAGGAAGAAGUAGAUCAGAUUGUGGUAAAUACGGAGGUACUAGAACAGAAUGUUGCCAAGGAAGAAGUAGAUCAGAUUGUGGUAAAUAAAGAGGUACUAGAACAGAAUGUUGUAAAGGAAGAAGUAGAUCAGAUUGUGGUAAGCAAUAAAUGCAAAGACAGGGUUGUGAAUAAGGAACAGAAUGUGGUACGGGUGCACAAGUGGAUUGUAAAUUUUCUGCCAGAUGAAGGACAAUUUGUUUUACAGGAGGUAGAUGAAGACCAGAUAAUGAAAGAUGUAGAUAAGAUUGUCUCAUCUAAAGCUUUGGUAAAACAGAAUGUUGUAAAGAAGGAAGUAGAUCAGAUUGUGGUAAAUAAACCUGAUGAAGACCAGUUUGUGGAAAGUGGGAAAGAUGAACAACAGUCUCUUGAGCAGAGGUUUGGAGAAACAUCUGUUGUACAGAAGAAAGAUAAAGGACAGGAAAAGGCAGAACAGUAUGUUGUGCACAUGGAAGAAGAUUGGGUUGUAGUACUGCAGGAAGAGGAACAGUCGACAAGAGAAGUGGAAGAAGAAAAGUUUGUUUUACAGGGGACAGAAGUAGAACAGUUGUUGGUAAAUGGGGAAGAAGAAAAGAUUGUAAUGGAUGAAGAACGGAUUGUGGUAAACAAGGAAGUUCAAGAACAGAAUGUGAUAAAGAAAGCAGAACAUAUUUGGAUACAGGAGGAAGAAGAAGAUUGUAUAGUGGUAGAUCAGGAAAUUGAAGGACACAAUGUGGUUAAGGAAAGAGUUGAAAAGGUUGUGGUUCAGGAUGCUGUAGAUGAUUGUAUUGUCAUUGAACAGGAAGGAGAACCCAGUGUGGUAAGGGAAGAGGUACAACAGAAUGUUGUAAUAGUGAUAGAUGAGUGAUAGGCUGGACCAAAUCAGUGGUGACCAAUGAUUUAUAAUGAUAUACCAAUAUACCUCAAGACUAUGUGCCAACUGUAGCACAGAACUGUCAGUAAAUAAGACUGAUUUAAUUGUUGUUUUUUCCACGAGGAUCACAAUUUUCUUGAAGCCAUUUUUGUGUUUGAGAAGCCAGAAGAGUGAAGCAUUUUACCGUUAAAUUCAAAUGAAAGUUGUGCAUGUGACAAUGUCUGCAACUGUUUUGCAAAUAUAAAACAUCAGUGCCAGUCAAA